AUGGCGGUCCUCUCAGAUAGCACUUACCUUGAGUUCUUGAACUCUGGGAAGUACUCCGACCUCAUCAUCGAGUGCUCAGAUGCUGAAUUCAACGUUCACCGCGUCGUGGUCUGUGCGCAGUCUGUCAUGCUGGAUAAAGCAUGCAGCGGACCUUUUGAAGAAGCUCUCAGCGGCCGUGUCAAGUUCCCAGAAGAGGAAUCUUCAAUCAUGGCGAGAGUAAUUCUAUUCAUGUACACGAACGACUACGAGGAUAACCGACUUCCAUCGUUUUACAGACAAUUGGUACAUGAUGACGAUGAGGAUGAAGAGGAGAGACUGCGGGGAAGACCAUUUAAAGACAUCGAUGAGAUUGGGAUGAUGCGUUCUCUGAAGGUCACUGCUCUCAUUUACAAAUGCGCAGAUAUGCUGGGCCUUGAACAACUGAAAGAGAUUGCUUCAUCCCGAUUCAUGAGAGACGCACAGGUGGCAUACGAGAUGGAUGGGUUCGAUGACCCCCUUCGAUUGCUAUACGAAAACACCAGUCCCGACGAUCGUGAUCUCAGAUUCGAAGUCACUCGCCUCUGCGUUGAGAACCAUGACUUGCUGGAGAUCCGAAAGAAGACUGUCGAAGUCAUUGAGGAACAUGAGCCGAAUGUCUGGAACUUUUUUGUGGAGCUCUUGAAGCGCUGGGAUGGGAAUACGCCUGCUGAAACCAGGUCGGGAGUUUUAAUCAAGCUUUACGGAGAAGUGAGCAAAUGCAACAAGGAGCUGCGCACGAAAGGUUGCGAGCAUAGGGCUUUAGUCAGUCAGAUGCGACUGAUUAUGAACGGUGGAGACUUGAUAAUCCAAUGCCCUGUCUGCAAGCCAGCAUAG